UAUUUACAGUCACAAGCUUUGCUCAAGUCCAAAAUUGAAGAACAGCAGGAAUGUCUCAAACAUACAAUUGAAAGAAGUCAUGAUAUGAAGUGAAAACCACAGAUUUAAAUCUGUUUACUUUGGGUGAACAUGCUGCUAAAGCAGCUGACAGAAGGCUUUAAUGUCAGCUUGAAUGUGAUGAACACUGAUAACCUUCUCUUCUCUCCAACAGAGUCCAGAUCUGAUGGUAGAUUUCCUGCCUCCUCACCUUUCAUAGAUCUGCCAGCUGAUUGAUUGGUGACAUUACAAUCCUGCAAAGUACAAAACCUGACACAUCUGACUCAUGCAAAUAGAUGUGUGACGGUUGAAUGAAACAGUUUGGGUGUGGCCUCCUGUGUGAUGCCUUAAGUUGCUUUGAAGGAAGUAAAAUCUCCGCAGACGUUUGCAGUUGCUGAGAGGUGAAAUGGCACAGAGAGGACAUCAGAUGGAUUCAGAAAAACUUUCUUGUUCCAUCUGUCUGGAUCUACUGAAGGAUCCAGUCACUACUUCCUGUGGACACAGCUACUGCAUGAACUGUAUUAAAACACACUGGGAUGGAGAGGAUAUGAAAAGAAUCUACAGCUGCCCACAAUGCAGGGAGAUUUUCACACCAAGGCCUGUUCUGGAGAAAAACUUCAUGUUAGCAGAGUUGGUGGAGGAGCUGAAGAAGACUGGACUCCAAGCUGCUGCUGCUGAUCACUGCUAUGCUGGACCUGAAGAUGUGGCCUGUGAUGUCUGCACUGGGAGGAAGAGGAAAUCUGUCAAGUCCUGUUUGCGCUGCAUGAUCUCCUACUGUGAGCAACACCUCCAACCUCACUAUGAUGCACCUCCACUAAAGAAACACCAGCUGGUGGAGCCCUCCAAGAACCUCCAGGAGAACAUCUGCUCUCCUCAUGAUGAGGUGAUGAAGAUUUUCUGUCGCACCGACCAACGGUUGAUCUGUUAUCUCUGCACAAUGGAUGAACAUAAAGGACAUGAAACAGUCCCAGCAGCAGCAGAAAGGACGGAGAAGCAGAAGGAGCUGGAGGUGAGUCGACUGAACAUCCAGCAGAGAAUCCAGGACAAAGAGAAAGAUGAGAAGCUGCUUCAACAGGAAGUGAAAGCCAUCAAUUUUGAUGCCGAAAAAACAGUGGAGGACAGUGAGAAGAUGUUCGCCCAGAUGAUCCGUCUCAUCCAGAAAAGAAGCUUUGAUGUGGAGCAGCAGAUCAGAUCCCAGCAGGAGACUGAAGUGAGUCGAGUCAAAGAGCUUCAGGAGAAGCUGAAGCAGGAGAUCAGAGAUCUGAAGAGGAAAGACGCUGAGCUGAAGCAGCUCUCAGAUACACCAGAUCACACCCAGUUUCUCCACAACUACCCCUCAGUGUCAGCAUUCAGUGAGUCCAAACCCUCAUCCAGCAUCAACAUCCAUCCUCUGAAACACUUUGAGGAGGUGACAGCAGCUGUGAAAGAGCUCAGAGAUAAACUACAGGACAUUCUGAGGGACACCUGGUCAAACAUCUCACCGACAAUCACUGAAGAGGAUGCUUUACUGUCAGGACCAGAACCAAAGACCAGAGAGGAAUUCUUAAUCUAUGCACGACAAAUCACUCUGGAUCCAAACACAGCAAACACAUAUCUGUUACUAUCUGAGGGAAACAGAAAAGUAAUAUUAUUGAAUCAACAGCAGUCUUAUUCUGAUCAUCCAGAAAGAUUUAAUACAUAUUUUCAGGUCCUGAGUAAAGAGAGUCUGACAGGACGAUGUUACUGGGAGGUGGAGUGGAGAGGAGGAGGAGGAGUUAAGGUAGCAGCUGCAUACAAGAAUGUCAGCGAAGACGGGACGUCAAAUAAUUAUGUAUUUGGAUUCAACGACAAGUCUUGGGCUUUACGUUGUUACACAGACAGAUAUACAUUUUUGUACAACAAAGUCCAAACUGUCCUCUCAGGUCCUCGGUCCUCCAGAAUCGGAGUUUAUGUGGAUCACAGAGCAGGUAUUCUGUCUUUCUACAGCGUCUCUGAAACCAUGAGUCUCCUCCACAGAGUCCAGACCACAUUCACUGAACCCAUACAUGCUGGUUUUCUGCUUUGUAAUGCUGGAGUCACUGCUGAGUUCGUUAAACUCAAAUAGAGUCUGAGAGUCGACUUGUGUUCAGCCAUGAUUUACAUACAUGAUACAUGAUUUUCUGAAGUAGCCUUGAAAUUUUAGCAGAUGAUAAGUUCAUGACAUUAAUGACUGAAGGAAUUCUUCCUUUGUGACUUUUAAAGUGGUGAAAACUACAUAAGAUGUGUUAAGUAGCAAAACAUGAGUUAGUAUAACAGAGAAAUGUGUUUUCCACUGGUGUCUGAAAAUACUACUGCAGUGAUACUACAGUGACUAAACAUGUAACUACAUUUAUUUCAAUCAUACUGCUAUUCAUAUUGUGUAAAUGUUUUAUUUUUCUGGUUCAUAAUUUUAUUCUAUAGUUGCUGUAAGUAUUUUCCUGAAGACUGUCAAGUAGAAACAUGAAGAAACUGAGUGAUUUGUAAUUGUUUGUCAUUUUUAAAGCUGCUUUCAGCUUCUGAAACAUGAACAUAUGUUGGUUUUCUGUUUUAUACGUGACAGUAAACUGAAUUUGUUUAGUUUUUGAUACGAACUGUUGAAAUAUAACACAAUCUGAAAUCUUGAGCUGUUAUAGAUCAAAAUUGGUGUUUUUUGUUGUUGUUGCUGUGCAGUCGAACUGCAUUGUAAACAAAAAUAAAGUAGAAAUUGUGAGAAUGA